GGGUGAAUGCGCAAGGCUCCUCCCGCGCCCUGGAGGACGCCAAGUCGCGGUUCGCCUCCGCGGAGGGGGACGCCGUGACGCUGCUCAACGUUCACCGGGGCUGGCGGGGCAGUGGGCGGUCGGCGGCGUGGGCCCAUCGGCACAUGCUCAACCCCUCCGCGCUGUUCCGCGCCGACACCGCGCGAGACCAGCUGCUGGGUGCGCUGCGCAGGAGCGGGCUGCUGAGCGCCGACACGCCGCCACCCAGCUGUGAGGGAGACAUGGAGCGAGUGUGCCGCGCCCUGGCGAGCGGCCUGUUCCCGCACGCGGCGGUGUUCGAGGGCACGCAGCACAACCCGCUGGCGCCUGAGAGCGACCCGGGGGUGCACUGCUACCGACUGCUGAGGUACACGGCAGCCGGGCAGCGAGCUCACCCGCUGAAGCUCCGAAUCCAUGCAAGCAGCGUGUUGUGCCGUAGCACUCCCUCAUGCGUGGUGUUUGCAGCCGUGCAGCAGCAAGCGGGGGCAGGGAGGAGCAGUAGCAGCAGUAGCGGCGGAGGAGGAUGGUUUGAGAUGCAGGGGGUGACGGCGAUCCGACCGGAGUGGUUACCGGAGAUAGCGCCGCACAUGUUCCAUAAGCCUGACCGAUUGGCGCGGUGAAUGAGUCAGUCGGGGGAAUGCGUGUUGGGAGGAGGAGGACGUGGGUGAAGGAGGAGUAGCAUAGCAGGGAACGUGGUGAGGUGUUGAGGGCGCACAGGGUGCAUUAGUGGAUUGAAAGAGACAAUUAAAGACAGGUUCGACGUUGGAAGAGGCUCUUAAAGCUGCCGGCCGCUGCUGAGCGCCUGCGGGCGAAGAGGGGCCACGCACCGCGCAGAUGACCAAAUAGCCGUAUAGUUUCGGAGCAGCGG